GCCACCUCCUCCCCGAGCGGCGAUCGUCCCUCCGUGGUCCCGCCGCGGCCCCCCCACCCCCGAUCGGCAGAGCCGCCCCGCGCCGCGCCGGAGCCGGCCUCGCCGAGGGAGCGCUCGCGGCCUCGCGGCCCCGCGCGGGGCGGACGGGCGGAGAGCAGAUCGCGGCGCCGCGCGGUCCCCGAGGAGCCGCACGCCGGGCAGCGCGGCCCGAGCAGCGCGAGGAGCCGCGGGCGGGCGGGCGGCGCCGGGCCCGGGCCGCCCUCGCUCCCGGCCCCGCCGCCCGCGCCGCGCCGGGGCGGUCGCCCGCAGAGGAAGGCGCCGCAGUCCCCGGGCCUCGCCGCCCCGCUCGAGCGUCCUCAGCACCGAGGGCUCGCGCGUCCCGAGGGGAGGAGGCGAUCCCGGGGCCGGGCACUGAGCUCGUGGGCGCCCCCACCCCCGUUUGCGGAGCCCUCCACGCUGCGGCCACUGUCCCCCCCGGACCAUGGCCGACGACGACGUGCUGUUCGAGGAUGUGUACGAGCUGUGCGAGGUGAUCGGCAAGGGUCCCUUCAGUGUUGUACGACGAUGUAUCAACAGAGAAACUGGGCAACAAUUUGCUGUAAAAAUUGUUGAUGUAGCCAAGUUCACAUCAAGUCCAGGGUUAAGUACAGAAGGUAAGAGAUGGAUUUCAAAUCUAAAGCGGGAAGCCAGUAUCUGUCACAUGCUGAAGCACCCCCACAUUGUAGAGUUAUUGGAGACAUAUAGCUCAGAUGGAAUGCUUUACAUGGUCUUUGAAUUUAUGGAUGGAGCGGAUCUGUGCUUUGAAAUCGUAAAACGAGCUGAUGCUGGUUUUGUAUACAGUGAAGCUGUAGCCAGUCAUUACAUGAGACAGAUCCUGGAAGCCCUGCGCUACUGUCACGAUAACAACAUCAUUCACCGGGAUGUGAAGCCCCACUGUGUUCUCCUCGCUUCAAAGGAAAACUCGGCACCUGUCAAACUCGGGGGCUUCGGGGUAGCUAUUCAAUUAGGAGAGUCCGGACUUGUAGCUGGAGGACGCGUCGGGACCCCUCAUUUUAUGGCCCCAGAAGUCGUCAAAAGGGAGCCUUAUGGGAAGCCCGUGGACGUGUGGGGCUGCGGCGUGAUCCUCUUCAUCCUGCUCAGCGGCUGCUUGCCUUUCUACGGGACCAAGGAGCGAUUGUUCGAGGGCAUCAUCAAAGGGAAAUACAAGAUGAACCCCAGGCAGUGGAGCCACAUCUCGGAAAGUGCCAAAGACCUGGUGCGGCGCAUGCUGAUGCUGGACCCGGCUGAGCGCAUCACCGUCUACGAAGCCCUGAAUCACCCCUGGCUGAAGGAGAGAGAUCGUUAUGCCUACAAGAUUCAUCUUCCGGAAACAGUAGAGCAGCUGAGGAAAUUCAAUGCAAGGAGGAAACUAAAGGGUGCAGUCCUAGCAGCUGUGUCAAGUCACAAAUUCAACUCAUUCUAUGGGGAUCCCCCUGAAGAGUUGCCAGAUUUCUCCGAAGACCCUACCUCCUCAGGAGCCGUCUCACAGGUGCUGGACAGCCUGGAAGAGAUCCACGCGCUCACAGACUGCAGCGAGAAGGACUUAGACUUUCUCCACAGCGUAUUCCAAGACCAGCAUCUUCACACGCUACUAGACCUGUAUGACAAAAUUAACACGAAGUCUUCGCCGCAAAUCAGGAACCCUCCAAGUGAUGCAGUACAGAGAGCCAAAGAGGUAUUGGAAGAAAUUUCAUGUUACCCUGAGAAUAGUGAUGCGAAGGAACUAAAGCGUAUUCUAACACAACCUCAUUUCAUGGCCUUACUUCAAACUCACGACGUAGUGGCCCAUGAAGUUUACAGCGAUGAAGCGCUGAGGGUCACACCGCCCCCCACGUCUCCCUACUUAAACGGUGAUUCCCCGGAGAGCGCCAACGGAGACAUGGACAUGGAGAACGUGACCCGCGUCCGGCUGGUUCAGUUCCAGAAGAACACGGAUGAGCCCAUGGGAAUCACUUUAAAAAUGAAUGAGCUAAAUCAUUGUAUUGUUGCAAGAAUUAUGCAUGGGGGCAUGAUUCACAGACAAGGCACCCUGCAUGUGGGUGAUGAAAUCCGAGAAAUCAAUGGCAUCAGUGUGGCUAACCAAACAGUGGAACAGCUGCAGAAAAUGCUCCGGGAAAUGCGCGGGAGUAUCACCUUCAAGAUCGUGCCCAGUUACCGCACGCAGUCGUCAUCCUGUGAGAGAGAUUCCCCCUCCACUUCCAGACAGUCCCCAGCUAAUGGUCAUAGCAGCACUAACAAUUCUGUUUCGGACUUGCCAUCAACUACCCAACCAAAAGGACGACAGAUCUAUGUGAGGGCACAGUUUGAAUAUGACCCUGCCAAGGACGACCUCAUUCCCUGCAAGGAGGCUGGCAUCCGGUUCCGCGUGGGUGACGUCAUCCAGAUCAUCAGCAAGGACGAUCACAAUUGGUGGCAGGGCAAACUGGAAAACUCCAAAAACGGGACUGCGGGUCUCAUUCCUUCCCCUGAGCUUCAGGAAUGGCGAGUGGCUUGCAUCGCCAUGGAGAAGACCAAACAGGAGCAGCAGGCCAGCUGCACUUGGUUUGGCAAGAAGAAGAAGCAGUACAAGGACAAGUACUUGGCCAAGCACAACGCAGUGUUUGAUCAAUUAGAUCUUGUUACAUAUGAAGAAGUAGUAAAACUGCCAGCAUUCAAAAGGAAAACACUAGUCUUAUUAGGUGCGCAUGGUGUUGGGAGAAGACACAUAAAAAACACCCUCAUCACAAAGCACCCGGACCGGUUUGCGUACCCUAUUCCACAUACCACCAGACCUCCAAAGAAAGAUGAAGAAAACGGGAAGAACUAUUACUUUGUAUCUCACGACCAAAUGAUGCAAGACAUCUCUAACAACGAGUACUUGGAGUACGGCAGCCACGAGGACGCCAUGUAUGGAACAAAGCUGGAGACCAUCCGGAAGAUACAUGAGCAGGGCCUGAUCGCCAUCCUGGACGUGGAGCCUCAGGGAUUGGAAAAACCUUCUGGCCAGGGCUGGCCAGAGGCCAAGUCUCAAUCCUGGGCCUGGUCUGCGGCGUCCUCUCCUUGGGUUCCACACUGGUCUUCACCUGAACGCCGUUUUCUGCUGGCGCUGAAGGUCCUGAGAACCGCCGAGUUCGCUCCUUUCGUUGUUUUUAUUGCCGCACCAACCAUUACCCCGGGUUUGAAUGAGGAUGAAUCUCUUCAGCGCCUGCAGAAGGAGUCUGAUAUCUUACAGAGAACAUACGCACACUACUUCGAUCUCACAAUUAUCAACAAUGAAAUUGAUGAGACAAUCAGACACCUGGAGGAAGCCGUGGAGCUCGUGUGCACAGCCCCUCAGUGGGUGCCCGUGUCCUGGGUCUAUUAGGCCUGUCCCCAGCUACCUGACACAUACCUGGGAGCCACCUCAUACAUGGAAACGCCUCUUUGUUAUCGGCCUUGUGUCAGCAGGUCGUGGUCCCUAGAGACUACCUAGUUGUAGUGUGACCUACAUUUAUAAUUAUUGUCAUGUCCGAAUAGGUAGGAGGAGAAAAACAAUUACACACUAAUUUAAAGAGACAGUAUCUUUUUUAAUCAGUUCUCCUAAACUUUAAUAAAAUGUAUCUUUAAAUGUAUGUAUUAUUCAAUCCUUUGGAAUGUUAUAUUUUUUGAAAUCAUAGCUUUUUAUUUCCAAGGCCCCUAAAAACUGCACAAAAUAGAUGCUGCUUUCUAUAAUCUAUUUUAAUAAUAAUAAACAGUGAUUCUGUUACCUUGACCGGGGGUGGAAUACUACAUUCUUUUUAGAGUCUGAUUUUAUGGAUUGGAAUCUCUUUCUCUCCUUUAUUUAUUUGAAAUAAUCAGUCUAGUGAUGACAAAACAGUCAGAAAUUUUUAAAGGCCUUUUUUCUCUUCUGUUUUUUAGAGUAGCCUUUUUUUUUUAGUCCUUUAUGUGACAUCCAGAUGAUGUGAUACUGUCUCUUUGAAGCCCCCCUGUAAACCUUUUAGAGAUUUGAACUUGGGUCUUGACUCUUAAUGCAUGUGGACAGUCGCGAGCGUUUAUGCUGUCGGUGUGUCUGUGUUGGACAAAACGAUCUGUAAUUACAGCCAAGUACAUUCCGUUCACGGGGCACACCCAGGGAAUAAGAAUAAGAUGCUAUUAUGACUAAGUUGUAAAACCUAUGCACAUCCCUUGCAUUUUGGGCAACUUUAUUAAAAAAAAAACAACAAAAACAAAACUGAUUUUUAUUAAUAAUAAUCAUAUAGUGAAAUGUGUUUGUAAUUUUGUCUCAGUUUAAUUUGUUGUAAGGUGGGAGGGGGAAUUGCUGGUUUCACCAUUUCAGAUCUGUGUUGUCUGAGAGUAUUAACGUUUUAAUUAAGCAAAGAAAUGAGGAUUUUUAAAAUGUAUGUAAUUGUUUUAAAAGCACCCAUUUUAAGAGAAUAUACUGUGCAAUGAAGAAACCAGUUUAGGCAUUUGCUAUAAACUGAAUUAUUCCAAAAGAAUAAUCUAUAACAGCCCUGUAAAUUCCUUUAAAAUGCUAACUAACAGGACAGUUUGACCAAUUUUUUUAAAUAUACUUCCUUUUAUGUGUUCAAUAUUAAAAGCCUUUGGGUCCUUCAUUUCAUUAUAGAUUUGUUCAGCUAUACAACCGAUAAUCUUUCAGAUUUUUAAGUCAUUCGAUGCUCAUUGAACCAUCAAAGGUCCAGGAGCGACUAUCAGUUGGAAGGACAACAAAAUCCUCUGUCAGAGCACAGCUCAGACCAUGCCUGGCUCCCAGAGCACACGCGGUCACCCAAGGGCCACCGUGUCCCAGAGGCCACCUGUGGUUCCCUUCCUCUUGCUAUAUCCCUUGGCACAGGAGAAUCAUCUUUUCUUGUUGCUUUAGAGACAUUAACCAUCUCAUCACCCUGACAUGAGGUCACAGCCUUCCAAUACAGCAGGUUCAGGCUGGGCAUUUCCGACUCUUGCCAGAGGUCAGUGGAAGGUUUUUCGUUAUAGCACUGGGGUGUGUGAAGUGGUUCUGUUAACCUGAGAUCCUUGAAAAAAAUACCAUCGUGUUUGCUUCUUGACAGUUAGAUGGCCUCAUCGCUUUGUGCCUUGGCCGGAUGUGCAGGGUGUGUUCUGAGCUGAAAAGCUCCUCUUGAAGGGCCACACAGAGAAGACAUUUGUAUACUCCUUUUGGGGUGCCAUCCCUCCCCACAUACUCUUAUUAAAUGAUGCUGAUUUUUUUUUCCUC